AAGAAAAAUAGGAUUAUGUGUGGGAUCAAAUUCAAAUUGAUAUUUUGAACGGUGCUGCGAUCGGGAUUGCUCCUGUGUUGUACUUGCAUUAUUUCCACUAUGACUUCGAAAACACGAAGCCCUUCUCCAGAUUGAACCAUCAUGCUUGGUGGUAUGAAACCGCCAAAACUGAGCCGGAUCCGCCACUCGUCUUUACAUAUCCUGAGUAAAAACGUCCCCACCCCAGAGUUGUAAUGCAGAUUUGCAAAGACAGAAAGACUUGUAAUGCGCAUCCCCAUGAGAGCCAUUUCCAGUCGUGUUUUGGAAUUUGUGACGCUGUGAAUAGGAUGAGCAGACGAAUCUGUGAUGCGGCUAUACUUGCUAACCUGCACUACACUGCGGAGUGCAACUUGUCACGCGUGACUCACAAAGCCCCUAAGUUUGUAUCGCAAAAUCCCCAUCCUGACUCUGGUGUGGGGACGUUUUUCCUCAGGAUAUUACACCCUUUUGUUUCUUCCUGCCUGCUCGUGUCCAUUGUUUUCGACAUUGUUGAAAAAUUACCUGCUCCCCCGCGGCUUCUUGUUGGCGAUAGAGUAUUAAAUGUUGACCAAGAACGCGACUACGGAGGAAAUGGAAGUGCCGUCAACAAAAUUUUCGCAGCCGCCGAAGAGUUUCACACUUCAUCCUCUUUCUACGAUUGGCUGUACAGUGAGGAUAACAAGGCUAGCGACGGCUUCGGAGCAGGUGCAGCGGGUCGCGGGGUUCAGGAGGACAAAGGUGAUUUUUACCACGAUGAAAACUACGAGAAUUAUCUUGGACCGUCUGGUCCUGUAGUUCAAGAUGACGAGGAGCGCGUGGAUGAUCACGCCACGACCAGGGACACGACUGCACGUAGAUCAUAUCGACCAGACCAAACCAUCAUACCACUUCUGUACCAAGGCGACAAACAAGGAGAAGAACAGGUGGGGGAAGCUGAAGCAACAGCUUCUCCGGAGUUGCAAGAUGCAACGUUGAACACCAAUCAGAACUACGAGGAGGUUGGUCAAAGCACAAACACGGACGACGAGAUCAUUCCAGAUGCUCCUGACGUCGACUCCCAUCGAGAUUUGAUCGACAGCAGUAUUGGUGUGCGAAAACUACGGACUGCGUUGGAUUCAGACGAUGCAGGAGAUGAUCCUAAUCGACUUCAAGAGCAUGAGAUAGCAAGUUUAGGGGACGAACAGCACGAAGAUCAUCUGGCAGCUGCACCGGACGAACCACGACGGCGCGGACAUGAUGACCACGAAGUUGUUCCGACCGCUGCAACAAGUGCAGCUUCUCUACUGCGCGACGAUGUUGCACCAGAAGAUAUUACGGUGCCAGAACUGCAAGAACUUCCUGUGGUUCACAUUUCCAAGCCCCGCAGUCUGGCGAGUCUGAACCUAGAUUUAACCACGUACAGCACGCCGAAGACGAGGACGACGUCGCAGGAGCAGGCGGGUCUUCACGGAGAUCCUCGCUCUCGCAAGCAAACAGAAAAGCCAGGCAGAAGUCGAAGUCCUUCAGAAGAUAUUGAAGCACAAGAAAGUGUAAACGCAGGCAGCACGACGGCGCCGAACACGGUGGUCUUGCCGACGUCCGCGGCCGCAACUGCGGUCAGCACGGGAGGUGCCACCGCAGCCGGAGUUCUGCCCCUAGGUGUUGCCGCUGGCGGCGCAAUGGCGGGACCUGCUUCAACUACUUCACACCAGAAGAUCCACUACGUGCAAAAGCAAGCUGGUGUAGCUGGUGGGUACCAGCAGGUGCAUCUUCAAAGUCCGCAAAGCCAAAGUGGGGUGAUACGCGUCGUGCAUCACAGACCGAGCAGCGGUGCUGCUCACGACCCGGCGGGCUACACCAUUGUAAAGCAGCAACACGGAGGACCAGGCGCCGGAGGCUCUUUCUCUCAAUCACCUGUAUACCACCAGCAGGUCCUCGUGGCACAAGAACAGCAGAAGCAAGAUCCCUCGCACCACCAAACCCAAACAGUGUAUGGAGGCGCCCCUGUUGCGCAGCCAGCAUACGGUCGUGCUGCUGGUAUAGCAGCACCCACCGCACAGCGACAGUCAGCACCACACACGAAGACAACAACUUCACCCCCUCGACCGCCGGACAUUGUGGCUUUGGGGGACAGCAUCACCGAAGGUUUCAAUAUUGGCUUCGUGACCAGCCCGGACCUCUGGGUCAACAAGCUGGGCGAGAAGAUACUGCUGGAACGGGGAAACAGCAUGACAAAUGAUCUUGAUCACGGCCCACCGGGGAAAGACAAUGAAGAAAUGAAAAAGAAGCACAGCUUGCAAAUCCUCAACGCCGGGAACAGCGGUGCGAUCGCCACCAUCCUGACGGGCAACAUGCCACUGAGUUUCAUGCCCGGGCACGCCAGGAAGGUGGUGCUCUCAUCAAGAUCUUCUACAGGAGUUUCUCCUGGGCGACCGAACAAUUCCAAUUAUUUUCAAAGAGAACUCGCCGCGGACAUGCAGCUGCAAGCGAAGACCCCGAACGAGAAUCUUUUGGAGAAUUACAUUAUUCCAGCGGUUUUGAGUCCAGUUGAUGUGGCGACCAGCAGUGGUUCUGGGGCAACGCCUUCACAGAAAGUCGAACUAACCACCAUCUUCUUCGGGACCAACGAGGUUGGCUAUCACAGUGCACAACUCCCCGCCCUUCCCCUCAUUUGUCAUGCAAAAACCCAAACUCAGGUGCUACCUUGUGGCACCGUGUGCAUGACAAAUUCCGGAAAUCCAAACAAUACUACAUUACUCGGCGGCGCAUGAAGUUGUCAUGCACAGGGUCCACCUGUACUGGUGUUUGUAAUGCUGUUCAUGCCCUACAAAUGAGGGGGAGGGGGAGUUGUGCGCUGUCAUAUUGGCGGCUACCGGUUUAACAGUGUGGACGCGUAUCGACAGCUCAGCUGGGGGGGGGACAGUCUAAACUGGAAUGAAAUGCAAAUGUCAAAACUUGUGUUGCAUAAAGAGUAAAAGCCGACGCCAUGUCUGACCUCGUUUGGAGUUGUUCUCGUGUCAGAGAUUUGCCAUGCUAGACUUCAGAUGGCUAGACGAAGGGACAAAUCAUUCCAGUUCACUUCGUCCAACCCACAGCUGCGCACUCCAUAACGCGGUGAAUCUGUUCGUGAACAACAUGAGACAGGUUUUGGAAAAGGCGGUCAGCUUUUCGAAAUUUGUCAUCCUGAUCUUCCCCCUAGUGGAACACCACGCAAGCCUGCGGGACGUUCCGGCGUUAAAGAGCCCGCCGUACUUUUACAAGAUGUACAAGGAAGGCGUACUGGCGGAAAUUUUGCGCCUGAACGAACAAGGUGCGGCAAAUUCUAACUCACUCGAACAAGAACCUAUCGGCGUAGUAGAUUUGGAUGACAAAUCGACCUCGGAGUUUGCGACAUCCGCCUCCGCAGAGAACUACACCAAGCCUGACAAUGAUCCUGCAAGAACAUCCUCCACCUCCACGACCCCGAAAUUUUUCACCUUAAAGGACCCGAGCGGGCAGUACGCUUUCGACCGGCUGCACCCCGAUGCGGAGGGCCACGCGGUUAUCGCGGACAUGGUGUUUUUGGAGUAUGAACGGUUGAAAAUGAAAAACGAUAAUGAAGAUCCAAAUUACGGUGGUGGGGUGGCCGGUGGGGCCGCGAUGGGUAGUUCCAGCGAAAACGAUUUCGAGUUCGACGAGGAAGAGGUGCGGGAGUUGUGAUGCUGCGAUGUCGAUAUCUUCUUCUUCAUCUUCUACACUCUUCGGUAGAAUAAAUUUUUCGGAAAAGAAGAUAGAAAUCCUGUAUAGAAGUGUACUCCCCCAUGAACAAAUUUUGCGCCUAUUCCUUUGUUCUAUUGCUUUGCUACCGCUUUCGAUUCUACUUAACAACUGACAAUACAGAAGAUACUCGAUGAAGACAUCACGUACACGUUCCUUUUCGCGUAAUAAACUCGGACGAUGUGUCGUGUCAAGAUUUAGAUUGUUGCGCUUAGUUUUCUGCGAAAGACAUCAAUCGAGAGCGUUGCCCAUCAU